CCUGCCGGUCGGCGGAAGCGCGGUGACGCACUACCGGCGGGCUCGGGGCCGACAUGGCGGGCGAGGUGCUGGGCAGGACGGCGGCGCUGGUGCUCGAGGAGCUCUAUGUUUCCGACCGAGAAGGCAACGAUUCCAGUGGGGAUGGGACCCAGAAGAAGCCCUUCAAGACCGUUCUGAAGGCCUUGCUGACAGCAGGGAAGGAGCCGUUCCCCACUAUCUACGUGGACUCGCAGAAGGAACACGAGAGAUGGGCCAUCAUAUCCAAGUCGCAGAUGAAGAACGGCAAGAAGCUGUGGCACAGGGAGCAGAUGAAGAACGAAGCAAAGGAGAAGAAGGAGGCAGAAGAUCUCUUGAGGAGGGAGAAGAACCUGGAGGAGGCCAAGAAGGUUGUGAUCAAGAACGACCCGAGGCUUCCGGAGCCAAAAUGUGUGAAGAUUGCUGCUCUGGAGGCUUACAGAGGCCAGAGGGUGAAGGUGUUUGGUUGGAUUCACCGCCUGAGGAGGCAGGGAAAGAACCUGAUGUUCGUUGUGUUGAGGGAUGGCACUGGUUUCCUGCAGUGUGUCCUGUCGGAUGAGCUGUGCCAGUGUUACAACGGGCUGGUUCUCUCCACGGAGAGCAGCGUCGCGGUGUACGGAACGCUGAACCUCCUUCCCCAAGGGAAGCAGGCUCCAGGAGGCCACGAGCUCAGCUGUGACUACUGGGAGCUCAUCGGCCUGGCCCCGGCGGGAGGAGCUGACAACGUGCUCAACGAGGACUCGGAGGUGGACGUGCAGCUCAACAACAGGCACAUGAUGAUCCGAGGCGAGAACAUGGCCAAGAUCUUCAAGGUGCGCUCCACGGUGGUGCAGGCCUUCAGGGACCACUUCUUUGCCAACGGUUAUUACGAGGUCACGCCACCAACCCUGGUGCAGACCCAGGUGGAGGGGGGCUCCACCCUCUUCAAGCUGGAUUACUUUGGGGAAGAGGCCUACCUGACGCAGUCCUCGCAGCUCUACCUGGAGACCUGCGUCCCGGCCCUGGGGGACGUGUUCUGCAUCGCGCAGUCCUACAGAGCGGAGCAGUCCCGCACCCGCAGGCACCUGGCAGAGUACACCCACAUCGAAGCCGAAUGUCCCUUCAUCAGCUUCGAGGAGCUGUUGGACCGGCUGGAGAGCCUGGUGUGUGAUGUGGUGGACAGGGUCUUGAAGUCGCCUGCGGCGGGUUUGCUCUAUGACCUGAACCCGGGUUUCCAGCCCCCGAAGCGCCCUUUCCGCCGGAUGAACUACAGCGAAGCCAUCGAGUGGCUCAAGGAGCACGAUGUCAAGAAGGAAGAUGGCACGCACUAUGAGUUUGGAGAAGACAUUCCCGAAGCUCCCGAGAGGCUGAUGACGGACGCCAUCAAUGAGCCCAUCUUGCUGUGCCGAUUCCCUGCCGAGAUCAAGUCCUUCUACAUGCAGCGCUGCCAGGACGAUCCCCGCCUCACCGAGUCCGUGGACGUGUUGAUGCCGAACGUGGGGGAGAUCGUCGGGGGCUCCAUGCGCAUCUGGGACAGCGAGGAGCUGCUCGAGGGCUACAAGAGGGAGGGCAUCGACCCCACGCCGUACUACUGGUACACGGAUCAGAGGAAGUACGGGACCUGCCCUCACGGCGGCUACGGCUUGGGCUUGGAGCGCUUCCUCACCUGGAUCCUCAAGAGGCACCACAUCAGGGAUGUCUGCCUGUACCCCCGCUUCGUCCAGCGCUGCAAACCCUAG